GCAGCCACUACAGUACUGUGGACAAAACCAGCCCCAAGUUGGACCCAAACGGAUUCAAAUGACAUCAGAACAGUUGAUAUUCAAGUGUUGAAGGGCAGCACCCACAUACAUCUCAGUUGGAAUUACACUUUGUCAGAAGGUUCAGAUCUGAAGACAACAACUUUUUCCAUCAAUGAUGGCAGCAGCUGGAAUGACAUUGGAGUUAUAUACCAUGCUAACAAUGACAUUGUGAUAUAUAGCAGAAAUAAUUACAGGACGCGAUUUAAUAUCAGCGAUAGUAAUGUGGCCACCCUGAUAUUAAAAAAAGUGACUGAGGAUGAACGAGCAACUUUCCAUUGCAAGCUCUCCACGCUAAGUAACUCUUGGACCUACAGUAUUCUCGUGAAUUUUACAAGUAAGUGUCAGUUUGGUGAUAUCCAUCUUAUUACAUCCGACGCAUUGUGUAAAACUCCAGUCUUAAAUCACUCUCGUUACUUUUUAUUGUUUAAUUUACCAACCAACCCCAACUGUGUCUCUUUGAUAAAAAUGUCUGGUUUUGGUAUCCGUACUUCCCCUCUGUAUUCAAUCUGUCCCAAGAUAUACUACUACCAUGACAAAACUUUCAAACAGUGUCGAGCUUUGAAAGGAUUUGCUAUUUUUGAUCUUCAGUCAAGACCCUUUCUAGUUACAGUAACUGGUAGCCCCACCAAAAUGUUAUGGGGUCGAGGGUUACACGGAGUGAUCGGCAAGCUACAGUUAUAGCACGCGUAGCUGUUCGCAUGUCUGAGAAAGUUAACAGAAAAAGCGCCCAAUUUUUCUUAAAAUGACCCCAAGUGCCCCAAAACUAUGCAAAACAGCAUAACCCAAAAACCAGCUUUAAAACAUUCUUAUAACCACGCCGGUAGGGCAAUGGUCUUUGUAUUAUCUCCUUAGAGUCAAAGAGUCUCAAUUGGGAGUGUAUAUCACAUUAAAAGCAGAACCAUGUGCAAUUUCCGCUUUGAAGGUGCAAUAGUCUGACGUAUGGGAAGAAUGGCGGCUUAAAUUGAUUUAGAAUUGACGAUUUUGGCUUAUUUUUUUGCCAGAGCGACAUCUGAAUUGGGUGGAGCGGCCCUUAUCUGUUGUUGCUGUUGAACGUCACAACCUCACCCUUCGGUGGACCUAUAUGAAGACACUUGGCCUAGCGUCGUCAUUUCGAUAUGCAGAAUUUACUGAUCUUAGCAGCAGGGAAAAAACCAUUGCAGAGAAAGUGUUAAAUACUGCACCAAUCGUACAUACAGCUUAUAGACCUCGAUUUCAUGUGGAUUAUAUACAAGAUACUAUGGCGUCUAUAACAAUUGUUGGACUGAAAAGAUCAGACAGAGGAAGAUAUAGAUUUGAUGUUAAAACCCUCAGGGAGGACAUCAACGAACUUAACACGCUCUCCAGCAUCAUGGAGCUCACAGUACAUUGUAAGCAAACAAACAAAAGCUGUGUUUGGUCAUGUAAGAUGUAGGCUAUAUCUUUAAAACCAAGGUGUUUUUUUACUCAGUAUAAUGCGUAUCAUAACCAACGUUAGUUGCAACUUCAUUGGGAUGGAUCGUCAUUAUUGUGAUUGUGAUUAUCGUUAUCCUUUUUGUUUCUUCAUUAUCGUAAAGGUCAUUGACAUCAUUAUCGUUACUUUUAAUUCUUUUCUGCAUUCAUUUUUUCGUUGUCGUCGUUGCUCAAUUCUUUUUCUUCCUCCUGCAGAAAGUGACAACGUUUACAUUUUCGGCGAUACUUGUCGCUGUUAAUUUAGGAUCAUUGUAUAUAUACGUAGCUUUUGCCAGACAGCGUGUUAUAUAACUUUCUCGUAUGGUGUUCGUUUAUUUUUGUGUUAAAUAAGCGCGGUCGCAACUAGUAAAGCAAUGUGUGGAUUUGACUUUAACAAUAGUUUACUCGUUCUCUCUCUACUUUUUCUAACUAGUAAAAUGUGAUUUAUUUUCAGAUGCGGCGAACAUGAUCAAUGUUAGCGACCACCAAACUGUGCAAGAAGGAUCUUAUCUUCAACUGUUAUGUCAAGCAUUUGGCAAUCCAACCCCAAACAUAACGUGGACCAAAGUGCUUGAAAAUAGUAACGAUAGUAAAUUGCUGCAUCAUGGAAGCCAUUGGAAUUUAACAAAAAUUAACAGAACUGCUUCUGGUUUAUACAACUGUACAGCUGACAAUGGAAUUGGAAAUCCAGUGUGGCGGCUGAUAAAAGUCAAUGUUACCUGUAGGUGUAUCAUACCUUGUCACCGCUUUGAUUAG